GGUUGCAACGCGCACGUUAGUGCGUAUCUGCGUGCGUCUGUCAACGACCCGGGCCUCCGUGCUACUGUCGGGGAUGUGACCUCAAACGGCGCCGAACGACUGUGCAACUGGUUGUCGCUAUACGACGCGCCUGUGAUCUCAGCCGCCGUUGUGUGUGUGUGUGUGUGCGCGCGUGCGUGUAUGUGUGCAAAUUUCGCCCUUGUGUGAAGCGGUGACUCGUGAGAACCUGUGUGCCGGGGCUCGGGAGGAUUACGCCUUUCGUGAAGAACGGUCGGUGUGCACACGCGGCCCGCGCAAUGCUUUCUGUGCAGAUUUGCGGCCCAUGACAGUGCUGUGGACUACGCGCAGAGGGGCAGCCUCCUUCAUAUGAUCGACGACCCAUGCUGGUCGCGAGGUGAUGCCAGCAGGACGGCCCUGGAUGCUAACACGACAUGGUCAGGACCCCCGUUUCGUAGGACUGCGGCUGUUGGUCUCGCAACAGGUGCCAUGAUGCUGUGCGUUCGCACAGCGACGGACAGUGUCCGCGGGACGGCGCUGACGCUACUCUGCAUUGUCACCUCUUUUCUGCCGAUGCCAGCUGGUGCACGACGAGGCGGUGGCGGCUCUCUCUACAAGACGGCGUACGCUUGCGAGGGCAGCCAGCUGGGCUUUGCCUGUCCCGAGGGUCAGCUCAUAUCGCUGAUACGGGCAAACUACGGCCGCUUCUCCAUCUCUAUCUGCAACGAGCAUGGGACGCUGGACUGGAGCGUCGACUGCAAGUCGAACCGCUCCUACAACGUCAUCCGAGACAGCUGCGGGAUGAGGAGGAAGUGCAGCCUUCCGGCUUCCACCGACGUGUUUGGUGACCCCUGCCCCGGUACCUACAAGUACCUCGAAGCGCACUACCAGUGCAUCGCAGAGUCACCGACGACGCCGUCGAGUACGACGUCUUCAACGACGCCUACCACGACAACGACAACGCGACCGCUUAUCAUCAUACCAGCGACCCAGUUCCAGAGGCCUCCUCCUUCCCCGCUGUUGCCGUCUUCUCCGGCUCCCCCGGGAGAGCCGUCCACGGAACCCUCUCGCCACCAUCGGACCUCGACCGCGAGACCAACGCUGUCCUCGGCUAGCGAAGCGCGCACCGUGGCCAGGCCAUCGGCGAAGCCCCAGGUCCCCGGCUCUGACGAGUUGACGACGACCACGGCUGCGAGCCCUCAUUGGACGACUAUGGCAACGUCGACGCUGUAUCGGGCUUCUCCAAGCAGCGAGCUCAGCGACGGCUACGACAUCUGGGGCGGAAAUUGGGCAUCCACCACCGAGGGCAGCACCUUUGACUCGCCCCUCCUGGGAAGAGGGAGAUUCCAGGACCCGGACCGGGAAAGUGGCGUGCCGUCCUACCUGCACCAAGGCUUCUGUCCGCCCAUGCAGUCGCGCAGCAGCUUCUGGAACUGGACACGCCCCGGUGACACCGCCGUCCAGCGAUGCCCUGGAGGCGCCAUCGGUCACGCCAGAUGGCGCUGUCUGCCGGGUAGCCCGCCGUACUGGGAACACGACACUCCCAACCUAAGUGCCUGUUACUCCGCCUGGAUGGAGAACCUCAAGUCGAGGGCCGAUGAGGACGACUCGGUGGUCAACCUGGCAGUGGAGCUGGAGGUGAUUACUCGCACGAAGACGCUGCUGGGUGGUGACAUCGCUCAGACGGCGGGCGUCAUACAAAGGCUACUGGCCCGGAUGACUCGCCGACUGGACGACUUCCCGGACGAGAGGCGCCGCUUCCAGGUCGUCAAGGAGCUGCUGCAGUCGACGGUGGAGAUCAGCAGCAACCUGCUGGAAGACUACCAGCGCGACUCGUGGCUCGAGCUGCCCCCGCGUGAGCGCCGCCACGUGGCCGGUGCCUUGCUGCAGGCGCUGGACAACUCCACUUGGCUGCUGGCCGCCACCAAAAACGCCGCAUUUCGAUUCUCCCGAGCACACGGCAACGUCCUGGUGUCCGUGCGGCUGGUGGAGACAUGGGCGGCCUCCGAGAUUCGGUUCCCGGUGCACGAGGAUGUGCACGGCACCGUUUGGAUGCGCAUGCAGGACACGCUCGUGUUCCCGCCGCAGGCACUGCUGGGCAGCGCGCGGAAUGGCGUGGUGAAGCUGGUGUUCAUGGCGUACCGGAACAUCGAGGACUUCCUGGGCCCCGACGCGGCUUCCUUCGCCGAGGCGCCCGAGCGAAUCAUCAACUCGCGAGUGAUCGCUGCCUCGGUCAACAGCAGGCACCUUAUGAAACUGCACCAGCCCGUGCUCAUAACUUUCCAGCACCGAGAGGUGGGAAAUGUCACGAGUCCAAGGUGCGUCUUCUGGAGCUUUGACGACGAGGAGUGGCUCACCGAGGGCUGCUGGCUCAAGGAGACCAACGAAACGCACAGCGUGUGCGCCUGCAACCACCUGACAAACUUUGCUCUCGCCAUGGAUCGCAGGCCGCCCGAGCCAACGUCGACCGAGCAGAAACUGCAGCUGUUUGUGUACGCCUCGUUUGCGACAUGCAUGGUCCUGCUUAUUGCCGCUGGCUUCACACUGCAAGCUUUCAGAUCGCUGAAGGGCGAGCGCGUGACGAUCCACAAGAACGUGUGCGUGUGCCUGCUGCUGACUGAAGCGUUGCUGGCGAGCGGUGUGGGCGGCCACCCGCAGCGGGUGGUGUGCGGCCUGCUGGCUGGUUUCCUGCACUACUUCUGGCUGGCCGCCUACUUCUGGGCGCUGCUCGAGGGCUUCCAGCUGUACACGGUGCUGCUCGACGUGCUCGGCACCGACCCGCCCUCCUCCAGGCUCAGAUGGUAUUACCUACUGGCAUACGGCGCGCCUGCGGUGAUUGUGUGCGUGUCGGCCGGCAUCAGCCCGUCCAGCUACGGAGCGCUGGGGACGUCGUUGCGCAAGGCCUGCUGGAUCGACAUGGAGGGACACCAGCUGUGGAGCUUCGUCGGCCCCGCCGCAUUCUCUGCCCUGCUGUGCCUGAUCUUCCUGGUGAUGGUGUUCUACAAAGCACGCCGGCACGUUGACCUGCACGCAACCCUAAAGAGCAAGGAGCAGGAGAGAAUAGCCAACACCAGGUCCCUGGGCGUGCACACUUUGCUGGUGCUGGUGUGCCUGUGCCUGGCCAGCUCGUUCGCCCAGCUGCACGUGUCGCGUGGCUCGCUCGUGCACACCAGCCUCUUCUCCGUCCUCAACAUCCUGCUGGGUCUCGCGGUGCUCGCCUUCCACUGCCUAAGCAAUGAAAAGGUGAAGCGUGCCGUGUGCCGGCCGUGGUGCCGUCUGCCGGGUUCCCGGUUGGGCGGCGCCAGCCCAGGCGGAGCAGCUGCCUCGGGGGACGCCGUGGGGCCCCACCCGGGCCUCUUCAUGCAUGCCAACGGCAUGCUGGUGCCCUAUAGUUCUACCCCGCAAUCAUGGAGCUCUCUGAAGGAGCACGAGUCAUCCGAGGUCACACAAGACACAAGGAACCAUGCCACACAAGGUCUCCCAUCUAUAGCCACGGUGACGAGCAAUUACCCGUGUGAGGAGCACCCUCUCCGUAGCUGGAUCUGCAAUGCGUGGCAUCCCCCGCAGGCAGCGCAGCCCCCGCCCGACUGCCUGCCUUACACUCAGUGGCCGCCGAACAAUUUGCGCAGCAGCGACGACGCCUCGUGGAAACCGCCGGACCCCUAUUCGCGCAACGACCACGUGUACGAGACCAUCGACGAAGACGCGCACCACCAUUCGCAGUCGUGUGACGGCUGGCGCACGCAACCGAACCAGGCGGGCCGCUGCAAACAGGGCGGCAGCUACCGGUCUCUCGGCCGCCCAGCUAUGCUCAACAACAGCAUGGUGGCCCCGGCACCGGACCGGACCAUCCUAGGAUCUUUGACGGCAGCCCUGGCUUCGUCGCCCAGGGCGCGCCAUCUGCCAAUUAUCGGAGACACCUGCCAGCAGGUUGCCUACUCUGGCAUCAAGAGCCCCUCGGACUCCGAGAGGUCUUCGAGUUCGCUCAUGGACGAAGACAGGACAGAGUCUUCGGCCACUCUGGCGCUAGAAGACAGGGGCCGUGGUGUCUGGUCCCCGCAAACGUCGCACCGUGGUUCGGAUGCGUUCGUGCGCGAAGGAGUUGAACACUUUUAACGAGAGACAGGCGUAUUUUCACGUGGCCAUCACUGCAAGUUCUGGCUGUUGUCGCGAGGGCGUCCGUCAAAUUGCCUUGCGUUCCGGGUACGGAGCUCAGUGUGGGGACUCGGAGCUACGCUUGAUCAAAAUGCUCCGGAAUCCAGCAUUCUGUGGCUGACGUUUAUGUUUCGGGAGGAUGAUAGGAAAUCUGGCACUCAUUACAUCAGCACUGUAAGUUGUGAUGCACCAGUGGGACCGUGAAUCUUAUCGAAUGGACCAUAGAACUACUGUUAGUGUUCGUUUGCGUGGGAUAUUGAAGAGGAGAUCAAUGUGUGCUCAAAUAUUUAUUGUAAAAAGUGUAAGGGUUGCGAUGCGAGUCAUUAUGACGUCUAGUUUCAUGCUAAUAGUGGUCUCUCGUGACUUUGUUCAGUGGCACACUGAAGAGUGGAAUGUGUUGUGUUCUCCAGAACUUCGCCAGCGAAGUAAACUUGCAUAUCAAAACAGUGGCUGCCCUUUUCGUCUAAGCUGUACUGACAUGACUGUUUGCAAGUGAACUGUGUGUGGAUAUCAGUGACGUGUUCCACUUGUAAAUGUGCGUCGAGCGCCAUCUAUUUUUGGUGUCGUGGGUUGUGCUUUUGUGGCUCUGUUGUCAUAUGUGUGGUUAUCUCUAGGUGUCACCUGUCGCCAGGAUAUCUCGACGCACCUCGAAAUCGAGCUUACGCCAUGCGCCGCAGGUAACGCAAUUACGAUGUGCCUCUGUCGGGUACUGUUUUCUCACUACGCGCGAAAAUUGCCGAGCUUUGCAAAGAUUCCUGCGGAGCAUCUUUAUAUCUCUGGACAGCGCAGGUUUAAUGCGACAUUGAAGCUGUGUGAGUUCUUGAAAAUCUGUACUUUACUAAGGGUGAAAGAGUGCACGCUGUGGGCGUCGCAAAUGCAUUGUGUUACCUACGGGGCAUUGCAGAAAUACUGCCCGCCGAGCGGCUUCAUACUCAUCAUAUCAAAACUGGCAGUUCAUCCUCCUUGCAAGACGUGCUCAUCAUACCGUUUUGUCGCCGACACCGUCACACGUGUGAGCAAAGUUCGCCCGAGGAGUUUCAUUUUUGCAUGUGUAAUAAGUAGAUCUGUGACAUUUAACGCCGUGUGCAGGAGUUGACUUAUUUGGAUGCAACCCCGCGUAUACGAAUUAGCUGCCUAAAUAAUUAGUUUGUUUCAUUGUGUGUUUUUUUUAAAGAGCUUUGUUUAUUUUUAGAUAUAUGAAUGUUAUCGUGCAUUCUCAGGAGGGCGUAGAUAUUUAAUUUGUGUUGCUAAAUGCAUUUUGCGAUUUCAUCCCCGGAAUUCUAAUGUCUGUUGGUGGUGUGAGCGCUGAAGUAAAGACAAGGCAGCUAUCGUACAUGUUCGGCGUGUGGAACUUGGCCAAUGUCGUGCAGAUGUGCUCGUAAUAUAAAGGCAUAUCACCUAUUUCUUUGUGUACGAAAUCCUUACAAAAUAAAUAACUAAAUGCAGUUAACGAUUUGAACAAGCAUAAAAUGAAGACACAUACGACACAACGCAGCGCUUACAUUAACCAACUGCUUCAAUAAUUCCUGAUUCCACUUGUAUAUAUACUAUCACACCGUCAUACGCCACGUGUGCGUAGCUACCUCGAACUAACUGUGAACUACGCUCGUACAUCGGCGCUAGCCUACGCUACCACAAAUUGUGAAGCUACACCAACAAGCCCAGAUUGCCACUCUCUUGGAAGUUAUGGCGAUCAUUUAGCAGCAAGCCGUUAAGAUUCGUUAACGUUAUUAUAUGUUAACUCACCCUAGGAGGAAAAAAAAACAGAAACAAGGAAUGUACAACAGCAGUAUGCCGGUGUCAUGCAUUUUGGCUUACCUUGAAUAGGCGCGAAUACUUGUUCAGAGGAAGAUUUCGUCGUGCUGCGCCCUCGACAGGCGAGUCUGAAGCUGUGCUCCAAGUCGCUAGUCAAGUCUAUGUACGUGUUUUAAAACUUCUGAGUAACAUGUUACGACGUUCUUUUUUUCGACCGAACAUGAAACGACGCUGUGGUUUGUAUUUUGCGGAGUGUAUUGUUCAUCAGACGAGUCAUUUUUUAUUUCGAUGAGGCUUUCAUGGUUCUUGGUGUCCCACUAUACUGCGAGUAAGGAAAGUACAUUCAAUUUAAUUGCCGCCUGCUUGCGUAAUACUUAACUCCCUCGAGUCUCGAGCAUUUCGAGAAAAGUACUCAAGCGAAUCUAGAAUAUGCUGAACACAUUCCCAUCGGAUGCUUUGUUUAUGAAGUUGUCACGCCAUUUAUAGCCUUAAUAGCAAUGCUUACAUGACUCGUACCUGAUUCUUGAUUUAGGCUCUCUAUUUUUAGCUGAUUGACAAUAAAUCAAUAAAAUCUAUAAAUGACGCCUAAAACAUCGGUUUAGAUGUAUAUUCGCUGUAAAACUGCAGAAAAAAUACGAACUUUUACAAAGCACCGCAAUCAAUGCGUAAUAUUGUUAUUUUAAGUGCUCACACAAUUUGACUGCGAGACAAUGUAAGAAAUGUCCAAUGACCAACAUUUUGAUCUGACGUAAUACGUUCUGCAUCGGUCGCAGCCAAAUAGGAAAGCAGCUUUUGAUAGUGUCCUUCGUACUAUCUCAAGUGGCUGGGCGCAGAUCACUGAAAUUGUUAAUUGCACGUGAUGCUUGCAGACGCCCCCAUUACUCUUCAAGUCAGCUGAGCCGAUGCAUUUUUUUUUCUUCACUGACGUAACGAAGAUUGAAUGAUUGAUAUGUAGUUUUUAACGUCCUAAAACCACCAUAUCAUUAUGAGAGACGCCGUAGUGGACGGCUCCAGAAACUUUGACCACCUAGGGGACGUAACGAAGACGAUACUCUAGUGAACAAUAGGCCAUUAGCGGUUACUCACGUAUUUUGUGUGCGAGUCAUCGUCGAUAUGGUUGACAACAAUUUUCAGCGAAAUUUGAAUAUAUUUUUAAACUGGUCGUGUCCCAGUACAGACCGGCUUCUAAAUUCCGGUUUCAUUGAUCGACACGCAACUUUGACGCUCGGACACCUCUAUUAAAAGAUUUUUCCAGUGUUUUGUUUCUAUAAUGUAGAAUGUCUAAUUCAAAUUCUAUGACCAGGGCAAUAGCAAAAACAGAAAAAAAAGAAAGGAAUUAUUUCUUCGCAACUUUGUUGUCAACUUUUCAUGCGGGUAUUUGUGCUCCGCGCAACUUUUCGCAGCGCACAUUUUCUUCAAAAUUUCGUUAUGACGCUUACGUUACUCAUGAAAUUCAGUGAGGCUUGUGUUCCUCCAAACAUGCGCUAUGUUACUUAGGCAUAUGUUCACGCCAAAAGUGUUUAUUAGACGUGGUCUGGUCAAGUAGCAGCGAAGGGCCAAGGCGUCGUCUGCAUCGAAGUUUUUACUUUCUAACGUUUCCCGUUCCAAUUCAGCAAUUCAGGAUGGCGGAUGGGCUGCGUUUUUAGCAUACCUUUUUUUGUCAAGGAACUAUACAAAUGAACGCCCUUUGUGAUCCCUUCCUUGACGUCAUAUAAGACCUGCAGGCGUUGCCUGCCGUGAUUUUUCUACUAUGCGUGCGUGUACAUCUGUGAGUACGUCUCGUUACGCUGUGUGAGGUGUGUUGUUAUUCUCAGUGGUGUGCAUUUGUUUUUAUUCUCGAAUGUUGCGAUGAAACUGAUCUACAAGCUUAGAGAAUGAAGUCAAUAAAAGACAAACAAAAAUA